AUGACCCCCCCAGAGAAGAGAGAAGACUCCUACGGAAUCUCUGCUGACGGCGGGCCAGGUUUCUAACAACAAGAAUGGUAUAUAAGCAUUGAGCUCUGCCAACAAACAAGAACCAAGUGCAACUGCAAACAUGGGGAAGAUCAUCUUCUACGAGGACAGGAACUUCCGGGGCCGCCACUAUGAGUGCAUUGGCGAUUGCACCGAUCUGCAGGACAUGUUCGAGCGCUGCCGCUCCAUCCGUGUGGAGAGCGGCAUGUUCAUGCUCUACGACCGGCCGGGCUACAGGGGCAACCAGUAUUUUCUGAGCAGAGGGGACAACCCGGACUGCAUGGGCACCACGUCCAUGAACGACUGCGUGCGCUCUUGCCGCCUCAUCCCCAUGCACAGCGGCUCCUUCAGGAUGCAUCUGUACGAGAACUUUGACAUGGAGGGUCAAAUGAUUGAGCUGACCGAUGACUGCCCCAACCUCUCAGAGCGCUUCCGUGUGUCCAACUUUAACUCGUGCAAUGUUGCUGAUGGACACUGGCUAAUGUACGAGCAGCCCAACUACAGGGGCCGCCACUACUACCUGCGACCCGGCCCCUACCGGAGCUUUAACGAGUGGAACGGCUCCACCUCGCGUGUGGGCUCCAUGAAGCGUCUCUUGGACCUCUAAGAAGAAGACAGAGAUUCUCGUCAAGUGUUUGCUCUUUGCACUUUCUCACACGCUGAAUAAAAUGGCAUCAGUGCUUAAA